AUGCCGCACCACCAUGAUCAGCUCUCCAUCUCCACGCUGCAGGGCCUGUGGGGUCCGGGUGAAUAUAAACUGGAGAUUGAGGAGAUGCAGCUGGAGCAGGCCACGCUGAACAGAGAAGACAGAAAGAGCGUCUCCAAGAUGCUGAGAGAUUUGCAUGUCCACGGCUGGCAGUGUCUCACUCUGGUCAUCAUCUGUGUCGCUAUCUCGUUCUGCGGUAUCUCAGGAAUCGGCGCUUUUGCUUACGGCAUCUUGAAGGAGGUUGGCAUUCCCGUGGAUAAGAUCCAGCUGUACAUCACCCUUGGCAUCAGGGCCUCUGAAGUCCUCACUAGCAUCACGUGUGUGAGUUAUCGGCUGCAUCAGACGACCCCGUAUAGCCUGGAUAACCAUGCAACCGAACAUCAUGGCCUUGUGGAGAACACGGUGUCAGCUAGGAAUUUCUAAAGAGCACGAUGUCUUGUGUGAACGGGGAAAGCCCACCACGUGAUGCAUGACGUAGUAUCUUGUAUUGCGUCAUGGUGAAGCAGGAAAAAA